AUGGUGUUAAGAAGUAUUGCUUAUUAGAAACUGUACAGUUCGCUGGUUGCGGUCACGGAUAUUUUGGAGAAGAUUCACAAAUGCAACGAGAAGGCGUGUGAACGGGGAUCGUUGACGUUGAAGCGACGAAUCGGUGACGAGAGUACGUUCGAGAACGAUCGAGUCGAGGUGGGUAGACGACUGAAGGAGGCGAUCGGUGAACAUCAGACAAUAAUGCACGAUAUUAGACCACUGCUGAAAUCAUUGGCGAGUGUGAGUGAAUUGAUUCUGGAUUGA